AUGGGACAUAUGUCACAAUAUCAGCACCAGCCUGAUUUCGAUGCUAGUGACCACUCUAGCAACCACGAUAACACAAGUUGUCUAGAUUCAAAGUCUCAAUUUAACGAUGAAGCGUUAUGUUUUGACUAUGUCAAAAAAAAGAUUCGUGCAUUGCAAAAUUCAAUAGAAAAUGACUUAUCGGAAUUAUCGCUACAAACAGUUGGACUGAACAAACCUGACGAUUACAACUUUCAAGAACAAGCAUUCAACGAUUUGAAAUACGAUAAUGCUGGAAAUUACAUUAAUUGGAGUAAAAUUAAUGCGAUAAAGGCGAGAAUAGAGUCAGAUAUUUGCAAGGCUUCGAAUUACCUUAAUAAAGUGAAAUCCAAUCUCAGCCCUGCUGAUAAUAUACAAGUUAUGCGGUAUUCAGAAAUUUUUGAUCAAUACCGCAAGGAUUUCAAUUCCAUAAUAUCAAAUGCAGAAAACAAACACAAUGAUAACAUUUUGUUUUCAACCCAAAAAAAGAAAACUGAUAAUUUAUUAUCACCGGACGACUCUCCUUUGUUAUUUGAGCAAAAUAAGGCCUUAAAUAACUCCUUAUUUGACAUAGAAUCACUCACACAUGAGGCAUUGAAUAUUUUGAAUACAUCAAAAAAAUCAAAUGAGAAAUUUAUACGAAUUAGAAAUAAAAUGUACUCAAUCAUCGACAUGCAUCUUCCAGACAUUGAUAUGAUUCAAAAAAACAUCAUGCACUUGACGAUCAAAAAUCAACGCAUCAUCGCAGCCACAAUAGCUAUUUGCAUUUUCUUAAUAAUAUUGGCGGCAUUCCGAUAA